UAACUACUUUAAAACGACUUCGUUCAAAAAGCAGAACUGAUGGUCUUUGCCAAAAAACAAUCUAGGACUAGCAAGCAAGACACGCCUAUGUUGUAGCGCAGGAGCGUGUACGGGCCGCGCGAUGGUCUCGCGCCCGCAUGCAGCUCAUAUGGCUCUGAGUGCCUGUAGCAGGGUGAAUCAGAAUGGGAGACAAGCCGAUUUGGGAACAAAUAGGAUCCAGCUUUGUGCAACAUUACUAUCAGCUGUUCGACACAGACAGGACUCAACUUGGAUCAAUAUAUAUUGAUGCGUCAUGCCUUACGUGGGAGGGUCAGCAAUUCCAGGGAAAAGCAGCAAUUGUCGAAAAGCUCUCUAGCCUCCCCUUCACAAAAAUAGCUCAUAGCAUAACAGCACAGGACCACCAGCCCACCCCUGAUAGCUGCAUAUUGAGUAUGGUAGUAGGUCAACUAAAAGCAGAUGAUGACCCCAUCAUGGGAUUCCAUCAGAGCUUCAUCUUGAAGAACAUUAAUGAGGCGUGGGUUUGCACCAAUGACAUGUUCCGCCUGGCGCUGCACAAUUUUGGUUAAACACCCUAUGGCUGGCAGGAGGGAAGUGGGGGAAGGUGGAGGACGGGGAUCUGCCCUGUUGAUGCCUGAACCUGUCAAUCGCCCCUUCGCUCAUCACACUCAAGAGAAACGGCACCGGAUUACAGCAGUCAAUCACAGAAAACAUGCAGGCACAGUACUGCCUGCUCUCCAAAACUGAUGUUUCUUUACAGAAUGCCCAUACAUUCAUCAAACUGACCCUUUUCCCUUCGCCAACCUGCAUGUUGAUGGGGAGCUUAAAUAUGAGAGGACGCCCUGACCGGGACAAAAACCCUAACCUCAGCCGUUUGAAAUGUACAAUUUUAGUUGCUGAUUUUGACUUUGAUAUAACAUCAGUCUUAUUCUCUGUCUUUGCUUUAGUACAGUGUUAUCACUCAGCUUGUUUUUAGAGUUUGCUUAUUAAAGUUUAAAUCUUUUUUGCCCCCUGUAAAAAUUGGAGUCUCCAUUUAAUGUGAUGUCAGGUUGCUCUAGUGAUCCAAAGAACAACACGCUAAUUUCCCCCUCCCUUCAGACCAGUGUGCUUCCCAUUUUCUGCUCACUGCUCUCUGUAACAAUAAUUACCAAGCCACGAUACACAAUAAAACCUUUGACUUUUUCUUAACAA